AUGGCCGCCACCCCGCCAUCCAGCGCCGCGCCCUCCCCAACAGCAACGCCUGAGCAGACCAGGAAGAAGAGCCUCGCCGUAGCCCCGGCGACCACGGCCGAGCCAGCACGAACAGGGGUGAACCCGAGCCGGCCCGCCGGAGCCCAUCUGGGCCCGAGCGCGCACCGCGACGCUUGCACCGCUGCACCACCGCCAAGCCCCACCACGCCUGCACCACUGCACCACCGCUGCUCCCCGUCCGCGCGCCAUCACCUCCGCCAGCGCCCAGCCGCUGGCCCGAGCGCCCGCCGCCCCGCAACCGACGAGCUCCCUCUUGCCAGGGGACGCGGGGGGGAAGGAAAACCGCCCCGCCGCCACCUUCCCCGGGUGGCACGCGGCUUUGCCCGGGCCCCCUCAGGCGGCGGCGAAGCAGGGAGGAGAGGGUACUCCCCUGAUCCGACCGCCAUCGGCUCCAACGUGCACCCCAUGAUCAACCAUUCACUUGCGUGA